UGUUUUCCCUGGCAGGUCGUGAAAAUAGUAUAAACUUUGCAGCAUCUAGGAUCAGAUUUACAGCGGGGGCGUAAUGAGACCUUGAACCUGGUGGCCUUUGAAGGGAAGUGCUUUUAGAGUUAAAAACAUGUUAACAAUGUACCACGCUGAUUCUAAAAACACCCGCUGCAAUCUAUUGUCUGAGGAAGUGUGGAAAGUGAGAGGUUGAGACUUGAAAGUGCCUCAUUUCCACAUUUUGUUCACUUUUCCUUAAACACAGUCAGGAUUGGCGAGAUAAGAUGUUGGCAAUCAAAGCUGUAGUUGUAUGUUUAUGGGCCAUAUAAAGUGUGUUUGUGUGGAAAGACACAUGGCUCCAUCAAAGAGUUCUUGUAUGCAAAUUAGCCACUAGGUGUCACCACUGAUAGCUGUGGCUUGUGCUUUUCUAACAAGUUUACUGCAGAGCUGGAGAGGAGAUAUUUAAACAGAAAACUUCCCAACAAAACUGGAUGUGAUCGACCAACUUAUAACUAAAAUUUUGUCAUAGCAUUUUAUAAAGUGAUGGCAGUGUUUUGGACAUUCUAAUCUUAACCUACUGAAAACAACAACUCUUGUCACUUCUCAACACAUAUAGUCAAAAGUUUUUAGCUAGAAAGCCAAAAGUGACAAGGAGGGUUAUUCAGAAAAACUCUGGUGGCUGGUCAGAUGGGUACAGUAUCUGUCGAACUGCUGCAUUUAGGUGCCGUAAAAAUAAGCUUGAAUUAUGGGGGAAGUAAAUGACCCAAGAAUUUGCAAUGACAGUUUGCAGAUUGUUAAAAAUCACUUUAUUAUAUUGUUGUAAAAUAAAUGGUGAGAAAGAGGACACCUACUGUAUUUUCAUCCUGGUUCACUUUUGCUGAAACAGAUUUUAAUUUGUGUCUUUCAAUUACAAAUAGGGUGCAAUUAGAUCCAGGCUAAAGAGCACCUGAAUGCACCAUCAAGUCGUAGCGCUUAGAAGGCGGAGCCUGUGAGUGGGCCGUGAAGGCAGCACCAGGCUUUACUGGUGUUAGUACAGACAGAGCGGCUGACUUGAGAGUUGCAACUAGCGGGUGCAGGAUGGUGUGAACUUCACUGCAGACCUUGAACUCAACACUCUUCCGAACUUCUGGUUUUUCCCUCAUUUUAAUUAAUAUAUGUUUUGUAUGUGAGCCUCUGCGUGACAGUGAGAGACGGUUUGACCCUGACAUGGCUGAGGUACCAACACCACCACAGGUUGAGAUAGACCCGGAAUUUGAGCCUCUCUCCCGCCCGCGGUCCUGCACCUGGCCGCUGCCCCGACCGGAGCUCAACGACCCGGCCAGCUCCAACACAUCCUCCCCGGCCCCGUCGGUGCAGCAGGAGCCGGGAGGAAACGCCGAGUUCAUCAGUAACCUCUGCCUGUUGGAGGAGGACUUUGAAGAGUACGCGGAGCAGAAACCGCCCGUGCCCUGCAAUGAUUUCCAGUGUCGGGACGGAACCUGUGCGCAUCUCCAUCACCAGCACCAGCAGCACCGUCACCUCCAGCAGCAGCAGCAGCAGCCGCUCCCGGGUCCCCAGCUGCCGCCACAGCAACAGGUGCCUCCUCCCGGUGUCGCACCCCAGAGGAAGAGCAGCUCGUCCCGCCGCAACGCCUGGGGCAACAUGUCGUACGCCGACCUGAUCACCAAGGCGAUAGACAGCUCACCUGAGAAGAGGCUGACGCUGUCUCAGAUCUACGACUGGAUGGUGAAGAGUGUGCCGUACUUCAAGGAUAAAGGAGACAGCAACAGCUCCGCGGGCUGGAAGAACUCCAUCAGACACAACUUGUCCCUGCACAGCCGCUUUGUGCGCAUACAGAACGAGGGAACGGGAAAAAGCUCCUGGUGGAUGCUGAACCCAGAGGGGGGGAAGAACGGAAAGUCACCUCGACGCAGAGCUGCCUCGAUGGACAACAACAGUAAGCUGGCAAAGAGCAGAGGACGGGCCACAAAGAAAAAGAUGGCUCUACAGGAAGGGGUUGAGGGUGGAGCAGGCAGCCCUGGUUCCCAGUACUCUAACUGGUUGGGAAGCCCAAACUCCCACAGCAAUGAGGACUUUGAAGCCUGGAGUUCAUUCAGGACACGUGCCAGCUCUGACGCCAGCACCCUGAGUGGUCGCCACUCACCAUUCCCAUCUGAGCAGGAUGACCUUGGAGAGCCUGACGGCCACAUGAUGUAUCCUGGAGCAGCAGGGACGCUGCCCAGCCUGUCCGAGGUGACUGGAUCAAUGGGCCAACGAGGCUCAGAGAAAGUUAUGGAGAGCCUGUUGGAUAAUCUGAACCUACUGUCCCCUAAACCUCCUCAGCUGGACUCCUCGCAUUCCCCAAAUGCUGCUUUGCUUCACAGUGGCCCCUACAGCUCCACUGGCUUGACCCCACACCCACAGCAGGACUACCGUAAGUGCAUGUACAGCCAGGUGAGGAUGAACUCUCUGUCCCCUGCUCCCAUGCAGACACUCCCAGAGACAAAGCCAGGCUUUGGGGCUUAUGAGAACCAAUAUAUCUGCCCUGCUGGCCUCCUCAAAGAGCUGCUGACCGCAGAUGCCAGUAGGGACAUGAUGCCCUCUCGGGACACUCAGGUUGGGAGGGGAGGUUCCCUAAUGGCCACUUACAGUAGCCAGAGCCAUGUUGGGGUUCAUAAUGGAGUAAAAAUGAUGAGUCCUCUGCAGAGACACCCAGCUCCUCAUGUAAAUCCACAAGUCAUACAUAGCCGGGGUCCUUCAGCACCACGAGACUUGAAUAGCUGUAACAUGAUCCCCCUGACUAGUCUUUCAGGGGCCCCUCCUCGAAUGACCAGCCUGAGGACAUGCAUGCAGCUGCCCCGCGCACACCCCGCACACACUAAUGAUGUGUCGGCAAGCAACGGCAGCAACAACGUCUACAGGGAGCUGAACUUGGUUCAUCCGCACAGUCACCAUCAGGAGCGGCUGCCCAGUGACCUGGACAACAUGUCGAUCGAGAGGUUUGAAUGUGACAUGGAGACUGUCCUCCACGAAACCCUCAUGGAAGACGGGGCACUGGACUUCAACUUUGACCCUGCAGCUGCAUCUCAUGGGUUUCCCCAGAGGGUUAAGACCACCACACAUAGCUGGGUGUCAGGCUGAGAUGGAUGGGGGAUCAAGAAUAGGCAAGAAUGAUAAUUAGUCUGGCAGUAAGAACAUAUAUUAAAGGUAUAACAAAUAAAAUGUUUCAUGAGCAUUUUUCCAUUCUCCCCCACAGAUUUUUUUUCUCCAGCAUCACCUUCAUUCAGAGACUGGAAUAUGUAAAUCCAAAAAAGGCAGCACAUCAACCUUUACACAACAUUGGACAUAAAAGCUGCAUUUAAACAGCAGUGAAUAUUCAUUUUAAAAAAAACAUUUUUUAAGAGCAUUGGACACUGGACACAGCCUGUUUUUGCAACUAUCUUUGUUUACAAUUGCCUGUCAAAAUUGGACAUGACAUGGAAAAAAAACCUGACUAAAUCUGACAUUCUCUAUGGCAGUGGGGUUUUUUUUAAUCCUGGUCUUGGGGACCCCCUGCCCUGCCCUGCCCUGCCCUGCCCUGCCCUGCCCUGCCCUGCCCUGCACACCUGAUUCAAGCUUCAGUGACAACAUUUUCAGUCUUCAAGGGUUCAAUUUGAGCAUCAAGCCCUUAAUUACAAGGGUCCACCUAGUGAGAUCAUUCAUCUUAAACAGGCAUCAAAGAAUGUGUCGCUAUGCAGAUGAUACACCAUUUUAGUUAGCAUAAUAUGGUAUAUCAUCUUCAUAGUUACACAUAUCCUGAAAAUAUCCUCAGAUUCUGCACAUAGCUCAAGUGUUUAUAGACUGAUGUUAUGGUCAAAUUCAAGUUGAAUUUAAGUCAUAUUUCCUCACUGAUGGUAUUGAUGGUUGAUGGUAUUAUGAGCUGCAACUCUCACCGCAAUCAAUCCAUCAUUCAUAUUCUGUAUGAAGGUAUUUAUUUAUGUUUCUAUUUGAACUGUAGCUGAUGGAACAUUGCUUUGAAAUGUGUGUGCCUAUAAUGUGUACAAUGUAUAUACUGUACGGAGUUCCAUAUUGUUAUGCUGUGUUUAGAUUUAUUAAACUUAUAUGGCAAGGACCUGCAGCUACAUUAGACACGUUGCCUUCUGAAAACAGUUUACUGACAUAAUGUCAACGCCACAUUAGAUAAAGUGAAGAAAGCAUGUUGAUCAAGUUAAAAUCAGAUCUGUUUUAAUCACAUUCUGUAAAAAGGGACAUUUUGGAGACUCCGUGGAUUUUGGGAGUCGUGGGAGGUGGAGAGGCUGAUGAUGCAGAUACAGUUUUUAUGCACCAAAGAGUUGUCUACUCUAACAUUUCAUACAAAGUUUGACAAUUAACUCUGCCAACAUGGUCUCACGGACUUCUAAUGUUGUACAUAUUAUCUUAUUUAGCAGUACAUUUUUGUAUAUGAAGGGUUUACAUGACUGUGAUUAUACUCAAGUAUUAUACUUUAUGUAUGAUUGUGUCAGAAAAUGGUUGUGUACAUAUCUCGGUUCAAACUAUAUCAAUAAAUAUAUGAACACUCGUACCUCAAAAUAUUUUACCUCUGAAGUGUUGAAGGGAUUUUUCCUGCCAUUUACCUCAGUGAGUAAUGUAUUGCAUUUGUCUAAUUUCCGACAUACAUUAUUUUGUACAUAUUUUCUUUGUUGUAUUUUAUUAAUGCUGUUUGGACCUGUUCAAAGUGACGUACCGUCUGACUUUGUAUUUCCAAUGUUUUCUUGUGUUUGAGGAUCAUAGCCAUUAGUUUCUAGGAGGUAUUUUGUGACAGAACAGUUAAGAAUCUUAAAUUAAAUUUGAAUUUGUGUGAAAUUUUAUGUUGAAGGAUUUGUAAAAAAAAAAAAAAAAAAAAAAAAAAAAUUAAUAUUAAUUUGAUCAUUCAAAACUUCAAUUGUUUCGUGGAGUAAAAUUGCUACUACUUAAGUUACAAAAACUAAAUGUCUUAUGGUGUCAUUUCAAUAGUGUGUCCAGGCCCAAACGAGAUUUCUUUUUUUAACCUCAUAAAAGCUGUUAUAUUUCAUUAUAUAAAAAGAGUAUGAUGACGUCUUAUUUUGUCUUUGAUAUCCACAUGCAGGUAUUUUCAAACAAUGCAGCUUUUCUAUGUAAAACAUUUGAUGCAUAAAUCAAUAAAUGAACUUGCAAUUAAAGGAAGAAAAAACAAGA